AUGGCAGCCCUACCGCCUGUUAGAGAGGCACUGCGUCAAGUGACCAAGCAGUCUUGGAUACUAGGCGAUAGGAUGAGCAUAUCACGCCAGUUGGAAAGAUCACCAGACGUACCCUCCUGGAGCGACGGAAAUAGCUGUUUUUUCGAGAUUACCAAGAGCAGCGGCGAUGUCGCUAGUGAUGACACGUAUGGUGUUGCCGACUCCCUCCCCUUGGUCCACGAUGCCGGCGACAUACACGCAGUCUGGAAAAUUGGAACUGCCUUCUUGAAAGUCAUGGUUCCUCUAUCUACGGCAAUAACACGCGAGCAUGUAACACUACAAGCGCUACAAGAUCGAGAUGUUUCAUUCGCAGUGCCCUCUGUUCUUUUCUACGGCGAAUGGGAUGGACGGUACUAUUUGAUUGUAAGCCAGGUUCCUGGUAUUACUCUCGCAGAUGCAUGGCCAUUAAUGGAUGAGACUGGUCGCAACAAAUGUGUUUCUCAAGUGGUCCGAAUCUGCAAAGAGGUCGCGAUGACUUUCGACGGCAGCGAGAAUUCGUGUAUUGCCGGCAUCGAUGGCGGCUACCUGCCAGAGUAUUUCUUAGGAAAACGGUCUGGAAAAGACUGGGACUUCGCACCCGCGCUUCUUCAACAGUACUGCCUUGACAUGAAGAUGGACUGUACUACCUUGGUAUUCUACCACUGCGACCUCAGCCCUGGCAAUGUGAUGGUGCAUAUGAAAGAGGCCGGCGAGCCGGCAGUAGGAAUAAUCGACUGGGAAUGUGCAGGUUUCGUACCAAAGGAUUGGGUACGCACAAAGUACCUUGUAUGCGGUUCCAUGGACUUUGAACUUCCAGAAGGCAGUACUAGGGAGGCCAGACGCGAGUGGAGGGAUCGAAUGGAAAGGUGUCUUCAAGAGGAGGGUUUCAAAGAUAUGUCAGAGAGCUGGCGCGCUUGGUUCGCUACUGGUUGCUCGCGUUACCAGGUGAUUUCCUGGCUAGAGUAGAACCAUCUCCUUUUAAUACCUGUAUCGGGCUUACUACUCUCGUAUGCACAAUGUCC